UAUAUUUUUAUAUAUUGGUAAAAUGUACAGUAAAAUAAACAUAUGAAUAGAGAAAAAGUCAAUCUAUUACAUUUAUACGAAAUAAUAAUACCCAUUUGAUAUAUACCUAAAUACUACAUAACCUAAUUGAAUAAAAAAAAAAUAAGUUCACAUCAGAUUAACAAAAAUACGGAGUAAAUUAAACCAAUACUGCGUUUCAAACGUUUUUCCAAUGUUCUCUCUCUUUUUCUCUUCCCCCUCUCUCUCUCCCCAAUGAAAGUGUGCAGAGUAAUUUAGGCUCUCUUCAUCUCUACAUUUUUUCUUUAUGCUAUUAUUUGGGAGUGUACUCAGUAGGAAUAUACAACACAUGCAUUAAAACCUACUAGUACAGUCCUACAUUACUCUUCAUUUCAUCCAUUUCAAUUUUCGAUCAUAUUCAUUCCAACAAUUUCUCAGAAAUUGCUUGUUCUUGCCUCUUCUCAGCAUGAUUGAGGGACAGAAUUUAGAGUCAGAUCAUUUGCAACUUUCACCUCCUUCACAUCUUCCACCCUUUGUAAGCUUUGAUGGGAUGGAGAUGGAGACAGAGAUAGAGGCAGAGAUAGAGGCAGAGAUAGAGACCGAGACCGAGACAGAGACAGAGAUAGAGAUAGAGACGAAGACAGAGACGGACUCUCUGAAGCACCAGAUUAUGCGCAGGCCAGGUUUUGGGAGUGCUGGCCGUCACAUAUCCCUGCUCGUGAAUCAUUUGAAAGUUUCUAUUGAAUCUCCAGAUGUGGCAUUUUAUCAGUAUUCGGUUAAGAUAACUUCUGAAGAUUGUAAACCAAUUGAAAGCAAGGCGAUUUGUGUAAAAAUUAUCGAUAAGCUUUUCCAGAUACACUCAUCUAAACUAGAUGCCAAAAAAUUUGCAUUUGAUGGAAAGGAGAAUUUGUAUACUGUUGGUCCUCUACCUCAGAAAACCUCUGACUUUACCUUGACUUAUGAAGAGUCGAUUGGACUGAGUGCUGAUAACCCCAUUGAACCUACAAAGAAAUCUAAACAUUCUUUGGCACCAAAGCUUUUUAAAGUGGAGCUCAACUAUUGUCGUGAAAUUUGUGUGCAACCAGUUGCUGUAAAUAAUGAAGAGCAUAACCUAUGUGAAACUGAGGAUGCAUUAAGGGUGAUCAAUACCAUACUGAGGCAACGGGCUAUCAAUAAGGGUUGCCUUUUGGUUAGACAGUCGUUUUUCCAUGAUGACUCCAGGAACUUCUUUGAGAUUGAUGGAGGUUUAGUUGGUUUGCGUGGGCUUGAUUCUAGUUUUCACAUGACAAGUGCAGGAUUGUCACUGAAUUUAGAUGUUGCUAUGACAUUAAUUCUGAAACCUGGACCUAUUCUUGAUUUUCUAUUAACUAACCAAAAUGUGCUAGAGCCUCGCUACAUUGACUGGGAAAAGGCCAAAAGAAUGUUGAAAAACUUGAGAAUCAAGACAAGUCAUACCAACAAGAUAUACAAAAUUAUAGGGUUGAGUGAUAAGCCAUGCUACAAGCUAAGUUUUCAACAUAAAGCAAAAAAGGAUAGUGGUUCCAAUGAAGAUCAAUUCCAGGAGAUGACUGUGUUCGAAUAUUUCCGGAAUCAUUGUGGUGUGGUGCUAACUUUUUCAAAAUACACGCCUUGCCUUGAUGUUGGCAAGCCAGAUAAACCAAUCUAUCUACCAAUUGAGGUCUGUUCACUGAUCUCUCUUCAACGCUAUCGAAAAUUGCUGUCUCCAACUCAGCGUAUUACUUUAUUGGAAAAAACCAAACUAAAGCCCCAUGACCGAAUGAAAUCUCUGAUAGAUGCUGUGAAGAACAACCAGUAUGAAAAUGACCCAUUGCUGGUUGCUUGUGGUAUUUCGAUUGAGAAGCAGUUUAUGCAAAUUGCUGGCCGUGUCCUUGAACCACCUAAGCUAAAGGUCGGCAGAGGUCAAGAUUGCAUGCCUGAAGAUGGCCGAUGGAACUUUAAGAAUAAACAAUUUCUGGAUCCUGUUAAUAUUAAGUGCUGGGCUAUUGUAAACUUUUCUUCUAAUUGUGAUACAAGCUUUCUUUCUCGAGAACUCAUCAAUUGUGGACGGAGAAAGGGCAUGGAUAUUGAAAGACCAUAUGCAUUGGUUGAAGAGAAUCAGCAGAUGAAGAAAGCCAGCCCUUUGGCAAGAGUUGAUGCAAUGUUUGAGAAAUUACAGGAUAAGCUCCCAGAUCAACCAGAAUUCAUUCUGUGUGUAUUGCCAGAUCGUAAAGUUUCUAAUUUAUAUGGACCCUGGAAACUGAGAAGUUUGAGUAACUUUGGGCUUGUAACACAAUGUGUUUGCCCUGUGAAAAUAACUGAACGGUAUCUCACAAAUGUACUUAUAAAAAUCAAUGCUAAGCUGGGAGGUAUGAAUUUGUGUAACUUUGGGCUUGUAACACAAUGUGUUUGCCCUGUGAAAAUAACUGAACGCUAUCUCACAAAUGUACUUAUAAAAAUCAAUGCUAAGCUGGGAGGUAUGAAUUCUUUAUUGGCUAUAGAAGAGCCCUGUUAUGUUCCCCAUGUGAAGGAUAUUCCAACUAUGAUCGUUGGUAUGGAUGUCUCCCAUGGCUCGCCAGGCAGUUCAGAUCCUUCAAUUGCUGCGGUUGUUGGUUCUGUAUCUUGGCCCCUUAUAUCAAGAUAUAGAGCAGCUGUAAGAGCUCAAUCUCCAAGAACUGAGAUAAUAGAUACACUGUUCAAACAACAAGAUGGCGGAGAGGAUACUGGUAUCAUGAGGGAGCUUUUAAAGGACUUCUUUGUUACAAGUGAGGGUCGAAAACCUAAACAGAUCAUAGUUUUCAGGGAUGGAGUAAGUGAUUCACAAUUCAGUCAAGUCCUUGACAUUGAGCUGGAGCAGAUUAAACAGGCUUACCUGGGUCUUGGAGAGGCAGAAAUUCCAAAAUUCACAGUAAUUGUUGCACAAAAGAGACACCGUACCCGACUAUUCGAAGUGGGGGCUGCUGGCAAUGUUACACCUGGGACAGUUGUGGACACUGAAGUUGUGCAUCCAAGGAAGUAUGAUUUCUACAUGUGUGCUCAUGGGGGGAUGAUUGGUACAUUGCGGCCUGUUCACUAUCAUGUAUUACUUGAUGAGAUCGGCUUCUCGCCAGAUGAGCUUCAAAAUUUCAUUCACUCUUUAUCCUAUGUGUAUCAAAGGAGCUCUCAUGCUACCUCAGUAGUGGCACCUAUCUCUUACGCCCAUCAUGCCGCCCGACAAGUAGGACAGAUUGUCAGAUGUGAUGAGCUUCCUGAGAACAGCACUGAGAACAAUGGCUUCACAUCCGCAGGAAGUAUCCCUGUCCCAGAGCUGCCCAGAUUACAUGAUAACGUCAAGGAUACCAUGUUUUUCUGCUAACUGGUCAUGGUCUUCCUUAGUAUAUGAGGCAGACGUGUAUAUCCAUUUGUGUAUAUAUGCCCAUGCAUAGGGAUUCUGUGACAUUCUGAUCUGAUUGAGGAGGGUCUAACAUGCUGGUGGCGUCGUGUAAAUCUUGCAGGUUAAACUUUGGCUGUGUACAGAUGGGUUAGGGAUUUUUUUGCUUUGUAACGGUUCAAGUUAUUAGGAAAUUUUCUGAUACAUUGAUGUGGGUAGAAAGUUUUGCCUUUAAAAACUAUUUCAAACUGGUGCUUGUGUUAUCUCCAUGAGUUGCUGAAACUAGGAAAAACAAAAAUUGCACUUUGUUCUCCCCCCUCUUGUUCAAUUCUUCCCAUUCUUACUUCUUA